AGGCAGAAUACCUGUGGGACCACUGCUGUAGACACUGAACUGGAAGGUUGGUUACAAACCUGAUUUUGGUCUUGAUGUUUUUAAUUGGCUAUUGUCAUUAAUUCUUCAUCCAGCAUUGCUUUUUGGCUUAAACAAUUAUUCCCCCCAACAGCGUGUCGAUGGAGAGCGCUUGUGCUUUGUCUCUUUCUUUUGCAGAGCUGGUUUACAUCAGUGAAUCUGCCCUUGAAGUUGGAGCACUUGCCUCCUGUGCACAGCUCCUGAGCAUGUGCUCUGCUGCAACAUCCCCCAGGAUCCAGCUGGGAGCAGAGGAGCUUACACAGUCUAAGUAUAGAUGUAAGACAUGGGGAAAGGCUAACGUGAUUACGCGAUUCAGCACGGCCCUGCAAUACCAACAUGUGGGCUGGCUCUGUUGUAGCAGAGCAGGAUCUGCAAGCAAUGCAGAAAGCUGUGACAAGUUGGGUUUUCAGAGAUAGCAUUUGAAACUGCUUUAGUGGGAAUCCACCCCUUUCCCCCUCCUCCUUUGGACGGUGGGAAGGAGAGUUCUAAAUGCUUUAUGCUGCCAUAAACGUUCUUGCCGACUGCCUGUAGCUCAGUUUCAACUCAACCUUGAUCUGUACUCGGGCUCAGACCAGCAAACACCCCUUGCAACUACGGGCUGAGCUGCCGCCGCGGCUGCACUAUCUGCCCACUGCCCGCUCACAAAAUGGAUCAGGAGACCCUGGGGAGCGUCGUCCUGCUCGCCAUUGUCACCUUGAUCAGCGUCAUCCAGAACGCUUUUUUUGCUAGCAAAUUGGAGCAUGAGAGUAAACACUGCAAUGGCAAAGGAAUCCAGCGGCCAGGCUCCUCUGCCUUUGAACGUGUCUACACUGCCAACCAAAACUGUGGGCACACGUACCCUACGUUUCUCGCCGUGCUUUGGUGCGCUGGGCUUCUCUGCAGUCAAGCACCUGCCGCCUUUGCUGGCCUGAUGUACUUGUUUGUGAGGCAGAAGUACUUUGUGGGCUACUUGGGGGAGAGGACCCAGAGCACACCCGGGUACUUGUUUGGGAAGCGUAUCAUUUUGUUCCUGUUCCUCAUGUCUGUGGCUGGUAUACUCAACUACUAUCUCAUCUACUUCUUUGGAAGUGACUUCGAAAUUCACAUAAAGACAAUAACCAGCGCCAUCUCACCACUGCUUCUCAUUCCCUAGCUCCUCACAGUGCCCAGGGGUCAGCCUGCUUCACAUAUCAAUAUCCAGAAGCAGCUAUAAUUCAGCUGUUUAAGAAAUAAACCUACAACCCUUUCAAAUUGCUGUAAAUCUAAUGCUCAGUGGGCUUUGUAGCUUGAUUUAACCUUGCUUUUUCCUUCAGGAAAAAGAUUUAUUGUGAGCACUCAGCAUGCUCAAGGAACGGUAACAACUUCCAGUUAAUUCAUCAGAGUUUUUUCAUUAAACUGCAUUUUGAAAGCCAGUUGCAGACUGUAAGGGACAUUUUAUGCUUUCAUUGUAACUAUUUUCCUUAAUGCUCAUGAUGAAAGCCAGGACCCUCUGAGCUUCAUUCCUGAAGGAUGUGCAGCCACAACCACGUCCUGAAGCAGGCUUUCACCCAUCUGCCUAUGCAAAUGAACAGGGUAGCCUCUUCUCCCACCCUUUCCCUUGCAUUUGUUGGUGAUUGAGAGCAGGACAGCAGGCUGGCCCCUGUCUGGUUUUCCUUGAUCAAUAUUCAUGUGUGUAAUGCUCCCAGCACUGAUCUCAUCCAUACCUCAGCCUGGCUAUCCUCCCAGAGCUGUGGAAAGGGGCCUUACAUCAAUGAGGAUCUGGUAAAUUGACAGCAAGAUUGGUUUUGUUUUGCUUUGCUUAAUAAAAUAGCCUCAAAGGAUGAAA